AGAACCCAAGUCCACUCUCCAUCUCUUGCCUUUCCCACAAGACCCCGCCGCCCCAACACACAAUCUCUCUCUCUCUCUCUCUCUCUCUCUCACUCACUCACUCACUCACUCACUACACUCUCCCUAGAACAGGACAGCGCAGGAACAGGCUAUUCUGACCACAAUACCUGCACUGACCACGAUGCCAAUCUAACUAAUCCCAUCUGUCUGUAUUCCCUGCCUGUUGAUGUGCCCCUCUAAAUAUCUCUGAAACAUUGUUCUUGUAUCUGCUUCCACCACCUCCCCUGGCAGUGUGUUCUACGCACCAACCUAUCUCUGUGGUAAGGAUGGCUUCACGAGGAAAGAGUGAAACAAGCAAACUGAAGCAGAACUUAGAGGAGCAGCUGGACAGAUUGAUGCAGCAGUUACAGGAUCUCGACGAGUGCAGGGAAGAACUUGAACCUGAAGAAUAUGAGGAAACAAAGCAGGAAACAUUGGAACAGCUGAGUGAAUUCAAUGAGUCUCUGAAGAAAAUCAUGUCUGGAGAUAUGACAUUAGUUGAUGAACUCAGUGGAAUGCAACUUGCAAUCCAGGCAGCUAUUAGUCAGGCUUUUAAAACUCCAGAGGUUAUCCGAAUGUUUGCAAAGAAACAGCCUGGGCAGCUGCGAACUCGACUGGCGGAGAUGGAGCGAGAUGUAAUAGUAGGAAAACUGCCACGGGACGUCUACACGCAGCAGAAAGUUGAGGUACUUACAGCACUAAGGAAGCUGGAAGAAAAGCUAACUCCGGAAGAAGAAGCUUUCCUCCUGGCGAAUGCCAGUACUACACUCAGUCAUUUCGAGAAAGUCUCUGCAAGUCUUGGAACAGGAGAUAAAGUCCUUGCCCUUGCCAGUUCGGGUGUAGAGAUCACAAAGAAAUGAGGAGUGAUUUGUAUUCCAGUCUUCCAGAUAACUGCCUGUUUGCUUUGUUUGUAUUUUAGUGUCCUGUUUGACUUUUGAAUAAACCUGAACAAAAUGUAAAGUUGAA